CCUGCUGCCCAAGGCCAGAAGGACAGAGAGAGGUCCCAGGACAAAUGUGCAGCAAGCCCCUGAGCAUGUGCGGAAAUGUUGUCAUCAGCUCCACCUAGAAAGACUUGGUGGAAAUCGAAAGCAGUAAAAGUCACAAGAUCCUAUCCAACUUUCUCUUCCCUGAAUGCCUGGGAAGAAUUCAGGGGCCUCUUGCCUGUGGAUGGAGAACCAACCCCCGGAGUGGGCCUGGGUGUGGAGGAGGGACUGCUCUGCCAGAUGGUUCACUCUCCAGAAUUCAACCUGUUCCCUGACUCCGUGGUGUUUGAAAGCAACUUUGUCCAGGUCAAAAAGGACAGGAACUGGAUCAACAUCUACAAAGCCUCCUACACCAUGGCCCUCGGGGUGACCUCCUCCGUGCCCUGCCUGCCCCUUCCCAACAUCCUCCUCAUGGCCCGUGUCAAAUGGCACCGGGGGCAGAGCCAGACGUGGAACGGACCAUCUCCAGCGCCAAACAUCAUCCUGAAGAGGAUUCUCCCAUUGAAGUUUGUGGAGCUCCAAGUCUGUGACCAGCUCCAACGCAUCCUGCGGUUGAGGACGGUCACAGAGAAGAUCUACUAUCUAAGACUCCACUCUGACCAUCCUGAGACUGUCUUCCACUUCUGGAUCCGACUAGUUCAGAUUCUGCAGAAGGGCCUGUCCAUCACCACUAAAGACCCUAGGAUUCUUAUCACUCACUGUCUGGUGCCCAAGAGCAGCUGCAGCGUCUCAGGAGACUCUAAGGAACCUCUCGAUCCUGACAGUCUUGUGAGAAGACAUGGUGAAGGAGAAUCAACUGAGCACACCGCGAUGGCGGAGGAGGAGCUCGAGUCUUCUUUGUUAGUACAGAAGAAACCUCAAGCCUCCCAGCCCAGCGAGAGCCUCCUGCAGUUGAUGGCCAAGGGGGAGAGUGAGGCCCUCUCUCUGAUUUUUGCUGACUUGCACCAGCACAACCGGUUCAGGAGAAGCAAAAAGACCAAGACCAAAAAGGACAACUCAGAGAAAGAUAAUUCCAGUGAAGACAGCAUUCCGUGCACCCGCGACCUCAGUUGGAGGGAUUCCUUCACCUAUGGAGAGUGGGAAAGGGAGAACCCCUCUGGGCCGCAGCCCCUCUCACUCCUCAGCACGUUGGCAGCCUCCACGAGGCCACAGCUGACUCUAUUCAUAGGAAAUUCUAUUUGAGCCACCCUUUCACACUGGGGAGAAUCAAAGCGGCCCUCGCCAACACCGCUCUGCAGCAUUCAACUUCCUGAGGGACUCUGUCUGGAUGGAGAGAAGGAGAAAGCUGCAGCCAAGGAAAAACUAGCCUCACCUCACGCGGAUAGCAUAGCCUUUCCUUGGAGACCCAUUUGGGAGCUUGGCUUCCAGAUGAAAAGCAUUAUCCAGCACGUAACUUUGUGACCGCCUCGCCUCCUUUCCACCACCAGGCAGGCGCAAGAAGACAUGCUCUCGGAAGGGCCAGGACCACCGAGAGAGAGAGAAAAGGGAGGAAAGGGGAGCAGGAUCAGAGGAGAAGUGGAAGAGAA